GUGGAGUGAGGGGACGGCGGUCGGGUCGCUCUGACGGGAGGUCGCGAGGCGCUGACGGAGCGAGCCUGCCCGUCCGCCAUGUCGCUGCACGGGAAGCGCAAGGAGAUCUACAAGUACGAGGCGCCAUGGACCGUCUACGCCAUGAACUGGAGCGUCAGGCCCGACAAGCGCUUCAGGCUCGCGCUCGGAAGCUUCGUGGAAGAAUACAAUAAUAAGGUUCAACUUGUUGGGCUGGAUGAGGAGAGCUCUGAGUUUAUUUGCAGGAAUACCUUUGAUCACCCCUAUCCCACUACCAAGCUCAUGUGGAUCCCAGAUACCAAAGGAGUUUAUCCAGACCUUUUGGCAACCAGUGGUGACUACCUGCGCGUGUGGAGAGUGGGUGAAACGGAGACCAGGCUAGAGUGUUUGCUGAACAACAAUAAGAAUUCUGACUUUUGUGCCCCAUUGACAUCCUUUGAUUGGAAUGAAGUGGAUCCUUAUCUAUUAGGCACCUCUAGUAUCGACACAACUUGCACUAUCUGGGGUUUGGAGACUGGUCAAGUCUUGGGAAGAGUGAAUUUGGUGUCGGGCCAUGUCAAGACCCAGCUGAUUGCUCAUGACAAAGAGGUGUAUGAUAUUGCAUUCAGCCGUGCAGGAGGUGGGAGAGACAUGUUUGCUUCUGUUGGUGCUGAUGGCUCAGUGAGGAUGUUUGACCUGCGGCACCUGGAGCACAGCACUAUUAUCUAUGAGGAUCCUCAGCAUCAUCCUCUGCUCCGCCUUUGCUGGAAUAAGCAGGAUCCUAAUUACCUUGCUACAAUGGCAAUGGAUGGCAUGGAGGUGGUGAUUCUAGAUGUGAGAGUUCCUUGUACACCUGUAGCCAGGCUGAACAACCACAGAGCAUGUGUGAACGGCAUUGCUUGGGCACCACAUUCUUCUUGCCAUAUCUGCACAGCAGCGGAUGACCAUCAAGCUCUUAUUUGGGAUAUCCAGCAAAUGCCUCGUGCCAUUGAGGACCCAAUCUUGGCCUACACAGCAGAAGGAGAAAUCAACAAUGUACAGUGGGCAUCGACUCAGCCAGACUGGAUAGCUAUCUGUUACAACAACUGUCUCGAAAUUUUGAGAGUGUAAAAACGUCUGGGCCGUGGGGGAAAAUGGAGCACGAUGGUAGUCUUUCCCCUUUUCUAAAGUUAAGAACAAAACUGCGUUGAGACAGUGCCACUAGCUCUUAUCAACGUGUUCUAGGAAGACUCACAACUGGCAUUGAUGGGUAUAUGUUACUGACCACCCCUCCUCUUCUCCCCGCUCCCCCACCCCUACCCUGGUGACUUAAAUGCAGGGAUAUGCUGAGCCUUUCAGACCUUCUUGGAUUUUAUUAUUACUUUCAAUUAAAGGUAUGUAUAUAUGACAGCCAUUUGUGCUGAGAGUUUGUAUUAACUGAGCAGUGGAGCUGACUAGCAGUGAACACCCCAGCAGAAAUCAUUUGUUGCUACUGUAGAUGCCUAAAAUCUGUACAAAUUUCUAGUGAUGGGAUAUGAAGCUAACUUGGUAUCAAGUGUUUUUUUCCUGCUUCGCUUCUCUCCCUCUCCCCCUGGUUAUAAUUCUGUUGAUACUAGAGAUGAGUCUUUUAAGGGCUCUUUGCAACUAAAGGUAUAUUACUAUUAAAAGUCUUCUUCAGCUAUAAGCAGGAAGUUGUGAAUGUUGCAGGACCUGUCACAGAAUGCAUCUGGCUCUUGCAGAAACAUCCUGGAGUGAAGCUUUAUCUUGGUAUUCCUUUGGUUAUUGGGCAAUGAUCCAUUUCCUGCUCUCAUUUCUCUACAAUGCAGAGUCAUUAAAAGUAAAAGUAACGUGGAUGUGUUGGUGCACACUUAGCAUCUAAUUAGAGAAGUACAGUAUAAUUUUGCAAUAUCUGCAUUUUGCCCCCCUCCCAAAACUACAUCCCUCACUAAAAUCUAGGACAUAUUUCAGCCACAGGUGAUCCUAUUAACUCCCAAGAGGCAACAAGCAUUUUCCUAAGAGAAGUGCUGCAUUCAGCCUUUCAAAAGCAGCUUUUAUCCUAUUUAUCUCAGCAGUGAGAUGUGUCGAGCAUAAUGCAAAAUUCCUACCUAAGAUAUAGAAAAUAUGCUUAGUAUAAGUGUUGAGACUUGUAUAUGUUGUUAAUAUGGGAAGGCACUGUUUUUCUUAAAAUAUUAGUAUGACCACAAUCACACAGAAUUCACUAUAAAAUAUGCAAGCUUCUCUAAGUAUAUUGGGAUGCUGACUCUUACUCCUGUCUCAAGGUGCACGGUGAGGCUUCCGUAGUGUCAGCUAUUUAUUUGCAGUAGCUUUUCUCUGACAAAUUAAAACCUAAUGUACUUGUGAUUGUUUCUACUCACUUCUCAGAAGGAUGGCUUCAGCUUUCAGAGAGGAGACCAGAAAUGGUUGCAAUCAGACAAUUUUUUCCACAAUAACAUGAGGCACUGGGAGAGGGAGGUGUGGUGAGAAUACCUUUUCAGAUGUAACCACCAGUGAUGUACAUAAUAAGAUGAAAGGAACUAUGAUGAACCUACUGAUUAUUUGUUUUAUAGUACUUGAGUACAGUGGUGGGGAAGUGUGGUAACUAAUGUAUAAAUGUCUUUGUUUAAACUAUACUGAUCUUGCCCGAAGACAAACUUGCAGUGUAAGAGAGCGAACUGACUGAUUUUCUCAUCUUCUUUCUCCUGUCCCAUUCCCUCCCACCCACCCAACUUCAAUAGUUAGGACAUAGAAGUAUAUGUAGAUUGCUGACACUCCCACAGAAGUCAAGGGACUAUUCUAAAUCCAAAUGUUCUGUUUAAUUUCUUUAUAUGAGCUGGACAGUACUGGUCUAAGGGAUGUAGACUAUGGUCAUAAAGUAAACUAAGGAUGUACUCAAUAAAGCAGCAAAGACAUUCAGGUCUGUAAUAAACUUGCAAAGCAAUGUUGGGAGAUAACUGGUUUAUUCGUCAAGUGAUGAAUAUAAAUUUGUGGUAUCUGUGAAAACGAACAAAGAUGUUCUUAGUGUACAGGAUAUGAAUUAAUGAGCUCAAUUUUUUUUACUAACCAAUAUUAAACUAUAAGAUGUUAGCUUAUGUUGUGUACUUCCAGUGUGAUGAUUUCCUAAAAGUGUGAACUUUGUAGCAUGACUGUAUAAAGUUUCAAACUCCUCGUUUUUUCAAAUAAGCAAUAGCACUGACUUUACUUGUGUUCCUCUCUUUUUUUGUCUAGGGUGUUGCAUAUGUUUUCUUGCCCAAUACUGUUGGGCAAAAUUGUUAUUGAACUAGACUUUAUGUGGCAGACAAUGUUAACUUGUUGCAAUAUUCCCUUUUGAUUUCUAUGGGGAAAUUACAUUGAAAUGGAUUUUCUCUUGAUUUUGAACCUUGUUUCUGGAAUUAUAUUGAAAUGCUGUAAAAAUUUAAAGCAGUUUUUUAAAAAGGUUUGAAGUAGAAUGCUGGAAUUUAUAAAAUGUUGAUCUUGCUUCCUCUGUAUACUUUAGUUUGUUCCAUUCCUACUGCAAUGUGUGUAUUCUGCCUUUCUUACGUUUUAAUAAAAUGGAACAUUUCUAAA